ACUCGCCAAAACACCAAAGAGGAAAGAGACUUGUAAAUUCUGUCUCUGAUAAUCCCUGUUUCUUCUCCAUCCCGCUCCUCCGCCUCAUUUAGCCUGAAUUAAACUCUAAAAUUUCCCUAACUCCCGUCGCUUCUCUUUCAAUUCGAUCGCCAUGUCUUCCGCCAUGGAUGUUUGGGCUUUGGGAUUUGCUACUUCCACUAAGAAGCUUUCUGGUGAGUCCAGGACUCAGAAGGAGGAGGCGUCAGUGGAGAAGGCAGACAACGGUAAAGUUGCUGAGGCUCUGCCUGCUGCCCCUGCUGAGGCUGCACCCGUCAAGUCCAUUGCCAUGUCUUCCGCCAUGGACGUUUGGGCUUUGGGAUUUGCUACUUCCACUGUGAAGCUUUCUGGGGAGUCCGGGACUCGGGAGGAGGAGGGGUCAGUGGAGAAGGCAGACAACUGUGUAGCAGGUAAAGUUGCUGAGGCUGUGCCUGCUGCACCCGCCAAGUCCAUCCCCAUGUCUUGCGCCAUGGACGUUUGGGCUUUGGGAUUUGCUACUUCCACCAAGGAGCUUUCUGGUGAGUCCAGGACUCGGGAGGAGGUGCCGGUGGAGAAGGCAGAGAAUGGAGGUAAAGUUCAUGAGGCUGUGCCUGCUGCCCCUGCUGAGGCUGCAUCCACCAAGUCCAUCCCCAUGUCUUGCGCCAUGGACGUUUGGGCUUUGGGAUUUGCUACUUCCACCAAGGGGCUUUCUGGUGAGUCCAGGACUCAGGAGGUGCCAGUGGAGAAAGCAGAGAAUGGAGGUAAAGUUCAUAAGGCUGCGCCUGCUGCCCCUGCUGAGGCUGCAGCCGUCAAGUCCACCGCCAUGUCUUGCGCCAUGGACGUUUGGGCUUUGGGAUUUGCUACUUCCACUAAGGAGCUUUCUGGAGCUAAAGUUUAUAAGGCUGCGCCUGCUGCCCCUGCUGUGGCUGCGCCUGCUACCCCUGCUGAGGCUGCAUCCACCAAGUCCAUCGCCAUGUCCUCCGCCAUGGACGUUUGGGCUUUGGGAUUUGCUACUUCCACUGAGGAGAUUUCUGGUAAAGUUCAUAAGGCUAAGCCUGCUUCCCCUGCUAAGGCCAAGCCUGGUACUCCUGCUGAGGCUGCAGCCGCCAAGCCUGAAGCUGCUAAACCAAAAUCCAAAGCUGCUGGUAUGCCCGCUAAACCUGAGAAUGAAUCUGAUGAUGACGAGUCUGGAGAGGAUAUGUCUGUUGAUCAUGAUGAUGACAGGGAAGACGUGGAGAUUCCAUCUUCAAAGAAGCCUCAGCAAGGUAAGAAGAGGUCCAAUGACUCUGCCUUGGAAACAACAGUCCCUGCCAAGAAGGCCAAACAGAAUACACCUGCAAAGACUGAAGGGAAAAAUAGUGGACACACAGAUACACCUCACCCGGAAAAGAAUGCUGGUAGUGAUGCUAAGAACCCGGAAUUGGGUUAGAAGUGAUUUGGAUCCGAUGGUGCUUGCCAGACUCACUCCAAGGCCAAGCGCACUGCCAAGUAAAGAGAUAUAGGGGAAAAGAUCUAUAUUCUAGAGAAGGGUUGUUGUUUUUUUUUGGUUGGUUUAGUAGUUAAAGCGACAGCGAUGGUAAAUAAGAGGUUCUUGUUCAUGGGAGAGAACUUAUGGGAAUGGAUGGAUUUAUGCCAGAGUGAUUUUGGGUAUUGGUUGGCUGCCACAGCAUUUGGACAUGUUAGAACAUGUCUUUGUAAUGUUGCAGAUGAUGCAUCGAGUAUAGUAGGUUUACUUCUUCGUCGUCGUCUUGAUUGCCGCCGCAAUACGACCCUUUCAUCUACC